AGCGUGGGGAGCCUGUUGACCAUUAACACGUGUUACAGGAAGGAGCAGUGCUCUCGCUGCGCUCGCUCACUUUCCUCUUUGCUUCCACCACGACCGCCUCAACCCAUCGCUGAGCCUCUGUUGGAGGGAAGCCACAGACUUUGGACCAUGGAGAAAGGACCAGUGGAGGCGGCUCCGCCGUAUCCAGGGCCGCCUAUGAACUAUGGGGGGGCCAUGCCUCAGCCGGGCUUCAUGCCUCCUGCUGGACCUCCACCGCCUGGAUACCAGGGAGGUGCUCCUUAUCCCCCAGGACCAGGUGCACCUGCCACAGUAGUGACUCACGUCGUGGUAUCGCCUACGCUAACCGACAUGCCGGGACAAACUGUGUGUCCCCACUGCCAGCAGACGGUGAUCACGGUGACGGAGCACCAAACGGGCCUGCUCACCUGGCUCAUCUGUGGCGGCCUCGCGUUAUUUGGGUGUUUCCUCUGCUGCUGCAUCCCAUUCUGCGUGGACUCCUGUAAAGAUGUGGAGCAUCGCUGUCCAAACUGCCGAAACAUCGUCUACGUGUACAAGCGAAUGUGAAACGAACCUGUCGGUGAAUGUCAGGUGUCACGUUUCUGUAGAGUUUCAUAGACUAACUCUAGCUUAUGGUAAUAGUGAACAAAAUAAAGCUGCACUUAUAAUAAAUGUGCACUCAACACAUUUACCUGCAGUGAAAUCAUUCCGUAAUAUAAUCCAAUAUGCUUAAAAUAACAUCAUUUAUAAGCUGCUUGUUAUUAAAGCAAGUGGCUGUGGCAUUUACUGUGAAAUAUGUUUACUAUUCUUCUGUCAGUGAUAUUGAUAUAAUUGAUAUUUCAGGUCUCAAUAUUUCAGGUUGUUUGCUUCUAAUAAACGCCAUAUGUCCAUAUGAA